AAAUCACGUGUACCCCUGAUCUUAACAAUUUCAAAACCCGACAGAGGCUACCCGUCUUUCCGGGACCCUCAUCUUGAAACUGAACACUCGGAGGCAAUAUUCUUACACUCGCUCCCUUUUUACAUUACUUUCCUAGCUUAUGGAACGACCCUCGGACUAUUCUGAUGCCACUAAUAUCCAGAGCAUGUUUACUGUCCACACAACGACCAGCCCUGUGGCGGGCGACAGGGUUCAAGAACCUUAGCACCAUUACAGCAAUUCCCAAGGCCGCCGAUACGGUGGGCUGCGAAGAGUUUCGGCGGGAGGCGUUCAGCAUCGACCGACCCCUCGUUAUGAGAGGCAGCGCUCAACAUGACAGGCCUGACCACAGUACGGCGUCUGUGUUUUCCAUCCUUCCCAAGUGGUUCCGCUUGAAUCAGGAAACCCACCAUUAUGACGCUACACCGUACCUCCAGAACUUCUCUGCCACACUGUUUCCUUAUGAGCUUGUCCAAGGGCCAAAGGCGACAAGUGCGAGCGAAAAUACCCAUGAAGGAAUAUACAAUUUCUCCAUUUGGUUGUCAAGCACCGAUAAGCCAAUCCACAAGCAUUUAACACAGCUGCUUCAACAUCAUCUGGAUACACUCAGUCCCAAUGGUCAGGAAGUUCAGCUUCUUCGCUUCUAUGCGCCGCUGGCUUUGCUACUAGCGGCACUUGAAUAUAACGUCUCGCACAGCCAGGACAAGGUCACACAACUAUACAUUGCUCAGGCACCCCUCAGUGACCUACCCGCAGAGCUGGCGAGCGAUAUGCGCUCUCCCGAGAUCGUGCAGUCCGCCGGAAAAGGUGACAUUUACAAUUCCAGUAUCUGGCUCGGGCUCGAGCCAACCUACACGCCUUGGCACCGGGACCCGAAUCCGAAUCUGUUCUGCCAGCUCUGCAGCUCGAAGGUCACCAGGCUCCUUCCUCCGUCUGCCGGGGAACGCAUCUUCCGGGACGUCCAAAUGCGGCUUGGGAGGUCAGGCAGCUCGCAGAUUCGCGGAGAGGAGAUGAUGCAGGGCCCCGAAAGACUGCUGCUACACGACGCGAUAUGGGGUGAGGAGGCCACAGCGGAUAUCCAGGAGGCUCGGUUGGAUGCUGGGGAUGCUCUCUACAUUCCCAAAGGCUGGUGGCACAGUGUUAAGAGCGGAUUCCGAGACGGCAGGCUCAAUGGCUCAGUCAACUGGUGGUUCCGUUGAUAUCGAUCCGGACGGGCAAGCUUGAACAAUCCAACUCAGCAAAGUACAUACCCAGCGGCAACAAGGUCGAACUUCGAUAUUUGCAGAUCGAUCCGCAUUCCACCAUGAUCCCAACACUUAUCUAAUGGAGUCA